AUGGGAAACAUCUCGAAAAGAAAUCAGAUGCCGCAAAACCCCAUGUUGGAAGUUGAACUCUUCGAUGUUUGGGGUAUCAACUUUAUGGGACCAUUUCCACCUUCAUUUGGAAGGAAUUACAUUUUGGUGGCGGUGGAUUAUGUAUCCAAGUGGGUAGAAGCAGUCGCUCUACCAACGAAUGAUGCAAAAGUGGUAGUCAAGUUUCUAAAGGAAAAUAUAUUUGUCAGUUUUGGAGUGCCAAGAGCUCUAAUAAGUGAUGAAGGAACUCAUUUCUUAAAUCACCUAAUGGAGAAACUACUCUUGAAGUAUAAUGUAAAACAUCGUAUAGCCACUUCGUACCAUCCGCAAACAAGUGGUCAAGUUGAAGUGUCAAAUAGACAGUUGAAACAAAUUCUGGAGAAGACGGUCAACUCAUCUCGCAAAGAUUGGGCAAGUAAGCUUGAUGAUGCACUUUGGGCAUACCGAACUGCUUUCAAAACACCGAUUGGUAAGAAUAUGUCUCGCCGAGUAGACAGAAGCAAAAAUGUGGCGGAAUCAUCCCGGCCAUGUCAAAGGGCGAGAAGAACUCUGAAUGAGCACGACAUUGUGUUUGAAAACUUGGAGCACCAAAAGAGGUAUACGGCUCAUCUUAAAAGAAAAUUUACCCCCACCAAAUACAUGUGUAAUGGCACUUUGCAGGAAUUGGGAUUGGAAGCUGAAGUUCACCGAAUGUUCCACACCUUAGGUAUGUUGGAAUUCAUGCAGUUAGAAGCGCUAACUUUUGCGCGCAUUACUCUUGAAUUCUUGAGUACCAUUGAAUUUAAGCUGAAAAAUCGGUGGAAUGGAACGGAGAAAGAGUACUAUGGUACUUUGCAUUUUUGUUUAUUUAAUACUGAUAUGGAAUUGUAUGUGGAUGAGUUAGGGAGUAUCCUAAAACUCCCAAUCGUAGGCCCUGGAACGGUGCCCGAUACUUUUGUUCCGGCGGAAUUCUGGACCGCUAUAACAGGUAACAUUAAAUAUGUCUCCAAAGGGGCAAAAACAUCGGGUAUCCAUAACCCUUGUUUCAGGUACGCUUAG